CGCCGCAGAUGUUACCUUUUAUUUUUAUUAAUAGGUUAUAAUUUUUACAAUAUGAAAACAAUGUAAACAAUAGUAGUUUGUUGUAUGGUUUGUUGCGUGCAACUGAUUUGUUGAUUAGUUUAGUGGUAAAUUUGUGAUUUCCUACAGCAUUUAAAUAAAAGUGAAAUUGUUUAUUUUAUAUAUUUUUUAAACCAUUAAGACAAGAUGCAUAGAAGGGGUGGAAAACGUAUCCGGAUGGACGAACCUCCUCCGGAAUACGAUAAUCCUAUGACGCCCGCACUUGAACAAGAUCAAUACGGUUCAAAUUAUGGCCAUUCAUCCAAUAUAUAUCAUGAUUCAUAUGGAGAACAUGCAGGAACAUCUUCAGAUGGCACAUUUGAAUCUCCACCAACUCCUGGAAUGCGUAGAAUCACUAGAUCAAAAGCUCGUGGCAUUACUAAUCCACCAGCAGCACAUACUGCUCCUUCUGCCAAUCAUUCUCCAACAAGUGGUGGUGUUACAACAACUGCUCCCAGAGGAAGAGGUAGAGGUAGACCUCCGACUCGUAAAAAUUAUCAAACUGAAGGAUCUUCUACUGAAGAUGAUACAUCAUUAUAUACUGUUAUUAAAAAUAGUAAAGCCUCCUUAACUCAUGUUGUUGAUGACUGGAUUGAAAGCUACAAGGUUAACAGAGAGGCUGCUUUAAUUUCCUUAAUGCAAUUUUUUAUAAAUGCAGCAGGUUGCAAAGGCAGAAUUACUCAACAAAUGCAAGCAACAAUGGAACAUGCAGCUAUUAUUCGUAAAAUGACUGAAGAAUUUGACGAAGAAUCAGGAGAAUAUCCACUUAUAAUGACUGGUCAGUCUUGGAAAAAAUUCAGACAAAAUUACUGUGACUUUGUCCAAACACUCGUCAAACAGUGUCAGUAUUCAAUUAUUUAUGACCAAUUUCUUAUGGACAAUAUAAUCUCUCUCCUUACUGGAUUGUCAGAUUCACAGGUUCGUGCAUUUCGUCAUACUGCUACUUUGGGGGCAAUGAAACUCAUGACUGCCUUAGUAGAUGUUGCUCUAACAGUUUCUGUAAAUUUGGAUAACACACAAAGACAAUAUGAAGCAGAAAGACAAAAGACAAGAGAGAGACGUGCUAGCGAUCGUUUGGAAACAUUAUUAGCAAAACGUCAGGAAUUAGAAGAAAACAUGGAUGAAAUAAAAAAUAUGCUAACAUAUAUGUUCAAGUCAGUUUUUGUGCAUCGCUACAGAGAUACUCUUCCUGAAAUAAGAGCAAUUGCUAUGACUGAAAUAGGAAUAUGGAUGCACAAAUUUCAUGCAAAUUUCUUGGAUGAUUCAUAUUUAAAAUAUAUUGGAUGGACUCUUCAUGACAAAGUAGGAGAAGUCAGAUUAAGAUGUUUACAAGCACUACAACCCCUGUAUGCAAAUGAAGAAUUGAAAGGAAAAUUGGAACUGUUUACAAAUAAAUUCAAAGAUCGAAUUGUUGCAAUGACUCUAGACAAGGAGUAUGAUGUUGCUGUACAAGCUGUACGAUUGGUGAUUUCCAUAUUAAAACACCAUCAUGAAAUUCUAACAGACAAAGACUGCGAACAUGUUUAUGAACUGGUAUAUUCAUCACAUCGAGCUGUAGCUCAGGCUGCUGGUGAAUUUUUGAACGAACGUCUUUUCCAACCCUCAGACCUAGAUCCCGGAAAGACGAAACGUGGAAAGAAGCGUCUUUCAAAUACCCCAUUCAUUCGAGAUCUCGUUCAAUUCUUCAUUGAGUCAGAAUUACAUGAGCAUGCUGCAUAUUUGGUUGACUCGCUUAUAGAAUCGAAUCCCAUGAUGAAAGAUUGGGAAUGUAUGACUGAUUUACUGUUAGAAGAGCCAGGACCACAUGAAGAACCUCUCGACAACAGGCAAGAAACUAGUUUAAUUGAAAUAAUGGUUUGUUGUGUGAAACAAGCAGCUACAGGGGAAGCACCGGUAGGACGGGGGCCUACGCGUAAAGUGUCGUCUUUGAAAGAAAUCCGACAGGUUGGAGAUGAUAAACAAAAAUUGACGGAGCAUUUUAUAGCCACCCUUCCCCCACUGUUAGAUAAAUAUUCAGUAGAUCCGGAAAAGCUUGCCAAUUUAUUGACAAUACCCCAGUAUUUUGAUCUAGACCUCUAUACUAGUGGUAGACAAGAAGGAGCUCUGCAGGCUUUAUUGGCUAAAAUGAAACAUAUUGCUGAAAUUCAUCAUGAACAAGAGGUUUUAGAAACAUGCGCAAAAACAUUGGAAUUCCUAUGUUCCGAAGGCCAUUCCUUAUACACCCGUUGCGAUGUCUCUCGUUCUACUAUAGUCGAUAUGAUCGUAUCUUCUUACAAAGAUGCUAUUGACGAUUGGCGAAAUUUACUUUUAGGGGAAGAAACACCAAACGCUGAUGAAACGUUUAACGUUGUGAGCAGCCUCAAAAAGCUAUCCCUGUUUUACGCAUGUCAUAAUCUGAACCAAUGGAGUUUAUGGAAUACGCUUUUCCAGGACAUGAAGGAUGUAGAAAACCCAUUACCACCAGAAGCACAAAAGUACUGUUUAACUUCAUGCUUCUUUUAUCUGUUAUGGGGUCUUCGUGGUCUUGAAACAUUACACGAAGGCGGUGGUCUGGGAGCACAGAAUAUGCAAGAGAUGCGCCAACGCCUCGACGAGUUCAUUUCUGCUGCUGAAACAUUAAUAAGAUCGUCGCCCCAUAUUUCCAUCCGCGAAGAGGCAUACGUCUGUCUAUGCGAUCUGUUGAUUGUGUUUAGCGAACAACUAAAUAACACUGCGCCUCCAUUGGCUGAGCUCGCGUGCGAACCCGAUCGCAACUUGUUGCUCCUAUUAAAUGAGUUUGUGCAGGUUUAUGUGUUUGUACCAGAACAAGAUUCGGAACAUGACGAGCACCGGAUCGAGGAAUUGCACAAGAGACGUAACUUUUUGGCCGCUUACUGUAAACUAGUAGUGUAUAAUAUUGUGCCAACCAAGGCUGCUGCCGACGUGUUCAAACAUUACGUAAAACACUACAAUGAUUACGGAGAUAUUAUCAAGACUACAUUGGGCAAAGCAAGGGAAAUUAAUAAGGUUAACUGUGCUCUUACGAUGUGUUUGAGUUUGAAUAUGAUGUUCCAACAAUUACAACAACAGAGCGGAGGCAGGUCGAUAAGACAGCACGAUGAUUUCUUUGCGCUCAAGGAAUUAGCCAAACGAUUUGCCCUAUCAUUUGGUUUGGAUGCAGUGAAAAAUCGAGAAGCUAUCACGGCUUUACACAGGGCGGGCAUUUUGUUUGCUGUUAGUGGAGCAGAGACGUCCGAAGACCCUACUGGACCACCGCCUAAUCUACCAUUUUUGGACAUUCUUUCAGAAUUUACCAAUAAACUGUUGAAACAAGACAAAAAAGUUGUUUUGUCAUUUAUGGAUCGGCGCAUUCCAAUAGGGAUGCCGAGCAGCAGAGGGGAAGAUUGGCAACCUCUAUUAUUGUAUCGUAAUUCUCUGUUACAUGGCGAUACCGACGUGUAUCCGACAACCAGUAAAAGAGCUUAUGGACGCAAACGUAAAGACCCUGAAGAAGAUCCAGAACAUGAAGAAACUUUGGAUGAUGAUAGCGAAUUUCCUGGUUGUUUGUAUAAUUAAUGUAAAAUAAGUAACACUAUUAUGAAUGACAAAAUAUAUUGUUUUU